AUGGAAGUCAAAGGAGCAUGGCCACUCCCAGCGCCUUCGCGAGAGAAACAACUUCAUCGGGUGAGAGAUCAACAGGUAGGGCCAUCACUGUGCGGUCCUCGCCGAGUGGCGGCACGUCGCAAAACGGAAGUAAAAGAAGUAUGGCCACCCCCAACACCUGCUUCGCUAGAGAGACACGUGCGUUGGGCACGUCAGCAACAGUCAGCGUCAGCAGUGCAUUUGGCGUCAAUUCGAUGGUGGUGGAGCCGCGCGGGUUUUUGUCCGAGCAGGAGAAUAUUGCGGAAGAAAAAAGGGUGGACCUGGCACACGGAAAGCACAUCGUUAGGUACUUGGACGCCUUGGACUCGCACGCGCAAGCGCAACGCAUAA